AUGUGCACUUCUGAUGUCGCGGAGCUUCUUCGAGCGGAAGCCGAGCGCGAACGUUCCACCUCCGGGGGCUGUUCUAAUUCUAACCGGGCCUCCUCGUCCACAGUCGCGCUUCAGCCCGCACGUCGCUCAAGGCAGCGUGAUAUCCGCGACAUGGCGGAUGAUCUUGCUCGCGCCCGUCUUGACUACCUGUGGGCUGCGGCUAUGGCAGACAACGAUUUGGCGUUCAACGUCUCGAAGUCUAAGUCGCUGCAAGCGUUUGUUGACGCGGCCGUGAUCUACGCCAAGCCGUACACCCUCCCUACUCCCUACAAGGUGUCGGGCCCGUUGCUUGAGAAGCUGAAAGCGGACACCGAAGACCUCGCCAGGCCGAUCAAGGACAGCUGGAGCACAAGCGGGUGCUCCCUCUCGGUGGACGGGUGGACUUGCCUGAAAUCUCGUGGCAUGGUGUGUGACAUUGCUAUGAACGACACGGCCCCCGUCAUAGUCGACAUUGUCGACUCAAAAACUGCAAAGAAGACUGGCGAGUACCUCGCGGCUCUAAUUCGCAAGGCAAUCUGCGCGGUGGGGGACAAGCAGGUCGUGCAGGUGGUUAUGGACAACGCGUCCAACAACAAGCGGGCGGCGUCCAUGCUUGCUGACGGUUUUCCGCAGGUGUUCUUCACGAACUGCGCCGCGCAUGUACUGGAUCUGAUGCUGCACGAUUUUGGUAGGAUUCGGACGGUUAAACGCGUCCUAGCCCAAGUACACCGGGUGGUGAUGAUGGUGAAGGGCAGCGCCUCCGCCGUCGUCCUUUUCCGAGAGCUUUUCAGCAAGUUAUCCUUGGUCCGCCCCGGUGCGACGCGGUUUGGCACCCAAGUGAUAAUGCUCGGCCGUUUCUUGGAAGUCAAGAAGGCGCUUCGGGAGAUGGUAAUUAGUGACGAGUGGGAGGAGGUGGCGGUGGCACGGACGGCGGAGGGCCAGGCGGUUCGCAAGCUCCUGUUGGAUGAUCUGUUUUGGGACUUAGCCAAUGCAGUCUUUCGCCUCAUGACCCCGGUGUAUGAGGUGCUUCGGGCCGUGGACAGGAGGGCGGUUAGCAUGGGGCAGAUUUAUGGCCGCAUGCUAGAGGCGACAGUCAAAACAAACGAAGCAGCCGAGGCGGCUGCUGCCAUCUUCGUCAAGCGGACCGGGCUGUUGGCGGCAAAGGACAAACCCGCCUUCUUGGCCACCAUCAAGGCUAUCGUGGCCAAAAGGUGGGACGGCCAGCUGCACAAUGCGUUGCAGGCGAUGGGAUGGCUUCUCAACCCCCGCAACCAGUACUCGGGGGAGGUGAGAAACGACCGCGAGGUAAGGAGAGGGGCGGAUGAAGUCAUCCAGGCCCGGGGUGGGGACGUCGCUAAGCGCACCUUGCUCCACGCGCAGCUGGCCCAGUAUCACAAAGGAGAGGGGCGGUUUGGCUCCGAUGACGCCCGUUGGGCAGCGACGACUCUGGUGGAGGGGGGGCGCCUGACUGAGGCGGAAUGGUGGUGGAUGUACGUGGGUGAGGUCCAGGCGCUUCAAGAAAUGGCUGUGACAACCCUAUCACAGCCUGUCACCUCGUCCGAGGUGGAGCGCUACUGGUCCGCCCUUGCUCGUGUGCAGAGGCGGGACCGGAACCGCCUGGCCGCCACCAAGAUGACCGACGUCACCUACGUCGCCUUCACCAGGAGGGCACGUGACGCUUUCGAUCGAAGGCAGGGUGUGCGUGAGAAGCUAUACCGUGACCUGACCGACGGCACCCUCAAGGAGGGCUGCACCGUCGCCCCGAUCGCAGCAGAAGAGGAAGAAGAAGGGCCUGCAGUUGUGGGGGAAGAGGAGGAAGUCUCCACCACCAUCAACUGGGAGGAGUUCGGGAGCAUUGGCAAGAAGAAGAGGAAGACGAAGGAAGAGGAGGAAGAGGAGGCGGCAGACUGCAGUGGGGGGGAGGAGGAGGAUGAGACGGGCAAGAAAACACGUGAUGGCAGCGAUCCUUGGGAUCUCAGCGAUGGUGAUAGUGGGGAGGAGGAGGAGGAGGAAGAGGAGGAGGAGGAGGAGGAGGAGGAGGAGGACGAGGAGCAGUAG